ACGAUAGUUUUAGAGAGUAAAGUGAAGUUAGCCUCAUGACGUCAAGGGAUUUUCCCGACGAAAUCAUCGAUGAGUCAUCAAAAAGAAAUGAACUUCGGCGACCAAGCUCACUUUCCGAUGGCUUAAGAGGAUUUUCUUCGCCUCGACAAGAAGCUACUCCAAGACGCUGGCAGCCGAACGACACUGUUUAUGGGCAGGAUACUGCCCAGCAGGACUUCAGAAAGCUGGCAAAUUUCAGCCGAAACUCCAAGAUGGCGGCUCCGGACUCUGGUGAUCAAAGUAGUGGUGGGUUCUCUCAGGAUCUCCGUUAGGUUACAUUCACUAUUUUCGGACAUAUGACUCAUUAACUAUGUAGUCCUGUCGGCCAGUUGAAAGUGUAUGGAGAUACGUAUUUUAGGUUUUCGUUGAACAUGUUAUCUUAAUAGGCCGAAAAGAUCAAUGAACCAGUUUCAGUUGGCUCUCAGUAAAAUCAAAAUAAAUAUUUUGACCAAAGAUUUUGAAGAGCAUUCCUUCCUUGUUGCAUUCCUAUUUUUAGCCCUCGAUAUCAUCCUCGAAUUUUCUGCUAGUCUUCGUCAACAUUUAAAAGAAAACCAUCUUUUUCAACUGAUCGUAUUAUUAGGCCAAUAUUUAUUACAUGACAAAGUCAAUAUAAGAUAGCCUUGGCUUAGUUAUUUAUUUUAUUAUCCUAGGCCUGGCACUGCCUAUAUUGCCCUGCCUUAUAUUAUAUCCUAUAAUCUAUAAUAUAUCCCAUUGAAUAAUGAAUUGGCAGGCUACAAUUACAAAUUAUAUAAUUAAAAACUGUUUUACCAAGACUUAGAGUAUGAACAUAUGACUCUUGACACACUAGUCUAGUUGUGGUCUAUAAUUUAGUGUGCAAAUCAGGCAAAUGACUAGAUGAGAUGAUCACUAUAACUCAAGUAGGCAAGUAGGUAGACCUUUGCAUUUAGCCCUAUGCCUAUUGAAUUAUACUAGCCUACUUACACUUACUGCCUACUUACACUUACUGCCUACUUACACUUACUGCCUACUCACACUUACUGCCUACUUACACUUACUGCCUACUUAGCUACUGUUAUAAUAAAAAUAUAAGCUUAGCCUAAAUCUGGUAUAGGGCAUAGGUCCUAUGGCUACUACACUGAAAUUGAAAUGAGUAAAGACAUUUGCCUUCACCAAUAGUCCAGUACAGACGCUGUACUGUAGCUACAAUCCGCUAAUAUGAUUUUGAUUUAUGGCACUUUUGUUAUGCCUACUUACCCGGUACUUUAAAGUUCAGAAUCCUUGAUCAAAAUGUACAAACAAACUGACCGGAGGCACAGCUAGAGUGUUUAGCACACAUCGACAAGAUACAUAGUUACGCCCCCUUCAACUCUCAAACCCAUUAUUAUUAUUUUUAUCAUUAAAAUACGGUCGAAACCCAUUUUGGUGCCCCUAAGUAGUUUGGCGUUCAUGGACAUCUGCCCCCUUCUGCCCUCGUUAAUCUUAGCUACUCAUCUGUAACUGGCCUAAUAUUCUUAUCCAACUUUCCAUACAGAAAAUGUUACAAGCCUAGGUAUAAGGACAUUAUGAAAUAAGGCGUAUGCCAGUAUACACAUCAAGGCACUACUCAACUUGAAGGUGUAAAUGUUUAAUGGCCUACCUGUCCAUCCAGCAGAUUAUUUAUUUAUUUAAACCUUGUUACGCUAAGGAAGAUUCAAAUGACUUUUUUAAAGAGAUUAUUUCAAAGGAUCGCACUGGAUAAUACUUACUGAAGUUACAUAACUUGAAUUGGCUCUUUUCGCAGAUAUCAUGAUUACCGAAAUGGGUGAAAAAUAGCCUACUUUGUCUGAAUAUUUUUUUAUACUGGCAAUUUUAAAAGCCAAAAACUAGGCACUUUAAGGCUCAUAAAGGCUAGAAAUAGAAUUUAAAUUGCAACUUGACCUUCUCAUAGAUAAAUUAACUAAUACUAAUAAAUUGCUAAUGAUAAUAAAAGGCAAUUAUUCAGGAAAAAAUGUUCUCUUAACACAAAGGGUAGAUCAUUGAUAUGAAGCAGCAUGAUACACAAAGGGGAGAUCAUUGAUAUUUUCAUUAUAAUUGUGAUAAAAGGACAGACUUAUCUUAAACCGUCUUGCGACGGCUGGGCAGAUCUUUCGGCCCAGAGUCAAUGGGCUAAAAAGACGAUGAACAGAUCCAUCCACCCAAUAAUAGAAGCCUCAAAAUUACCUGGCUGGUCUUUAUACGAGCUAAUCAGAUUGCUUCUCACAUUUGUUUAUCUUGCUAUUUUAAUGGCGGCUUCCGUUGAUCGUUAACGGUUUAUUUUCAGUAUAGUUAUUUGAUAGCAAUUUUUUUUGUACCUAGUGAGCCCUUUGAAUGUGACCUUGUGAUGUGCCAAAAGGCAUAAGCACCUACAGAGGAUUUCUUUGUGCAGUUUAUCAGAUUGAUCAUUCAGGAAUUAUUUAGGCUUCAACUAAAAGUUCUUCCAGUAAGACAUAUUAUAAUAUACCGUACAUUCUUAUAUUUGUAAAUUAAUUCGUUUAUUUUUUGAUAACUUUUUUUGCAUAGUAAGUGCAGGACAUGUAAAAAUAGCUUCGUCUUAUUGCCACUGACAGUCCAAAAAUGCUCUGUCUCAAGCGGGUUAAGGGGACUAAAGUAAUAUUAAAUGAGACCUGACAGUCUAAAAAGCCUCUGUCUCAAGCAGGUGAAGAUGUUAAGGGGAGUAAGAUUAAAUGAGACCUCCCUCAGGAGAGAGAGUUUGUGUUGUGCCUAUAAUUUAUGUGUGGUUCUACAGCGGUGCCAGAAACUUGAAGAGCUAGUAGGUCUAUAGUUAAUAACAUUAGUUUUUGUAAAAAAUUAAGUCAGUUCUUGGAAAGGUUAAAAUUGUUCUAACCUAUAGAAUAAUUCUCAAAUUUGAGCUCACAUAUCUCACCAUUGUUCUGUUUCAAUUUAGCUCAUACUCAAUACUGCAUAUCCUUUUUAAAUAUUUAAAGUGUAUUUUAAUAAUACUUUUGUUUUAACAAAAAAUUAUCUUCAGGUCACCUAAUUUGUUUAAAAACAUAUUUACUAUAUACUUGUUUAUAAAGAGGAAUGCCCAGUGUAUUUAAUGUUCCCUAUAUUUCCCGAAUGAUACAUGUCUGAAAUACUAUACAAACAUUCAGUUGUUCUAAAAGCUGAUGCAUACUACCCAUUAGUUAUAUCUUGCAUUUUGACAAUGCUCAAUGAAAAAUUGAAAUGUGAGUUCAACAGCCUGGUCCAUGUUUGUAUAAGGGUGUAUCACAUUGAUUCAUUAUCCAGGUUUGUAACAGUGUCACGUAGACUCAUUGUCCUUAUUUGUAAGGGUGUAUCAAAUUGAUUCAUUGUGCAGGUUUGUAAGGGUGUAUCACAUAAACUCAUUACACAUGUUAAUUACUAUAUCAAUGAUAAAAUGUCAGAUGCCCUACUGAACACAACUUUGUUGGCCAAACAAUAACAGAUUGUUGGCAUCACUGGUACAUUUAAAGGCCCCAAUUCUCACAACUUUAACAAACCCUUAUCCUGUGUGCUUCUAUACUUAAACAUAUUAGUGUUGGAACGAUACACUCUUAAUUUUCAGUGUUAAAAAAUAGUUGUUUUCAAAGGAAAUCAGUCCUCUGUUUUUGUUAACAAGAUCUAGAUCUACUAAAUGAUUAUAAUCUAAUCACUAUUAAAAUUUAUUACCUACAUAAUUACUAUUUUGAAUAGUUUACAGCAGCUUAGAAAGAAAAUACAUUUUCAAGGUCUAAAUUAAUUUUGUUUCUACUAUCAAUUGAAAAACACUUUUUUUCCGUUUUUCUAAGUAAAUGUGUGCCCUAAGCACAAAUAUUAAUAUCCGUCAUAGAUUUUUAUUUCAUCUUAUCAUCCUAAAGGAUUUAUUGUGUUAAUGUCAGGUCUUAAAAUGUUAGUAAAUUAAAUUCUUUCAGAAUAUAAACAUGGUGUGUGUAUCAUGUGAACAAAUAAAAUGGCAGCAGAUCAUUGAAAAUACCAAUUAAAAGCUAUAGGAUUUUUUCAUUGAUGCCUUUCUGUUACUUAGCUCUUUCAUCAACAAAUUUAUCAGACAUUGACCAUUUCUCAGUAAAACAUCAUCAAGUAAAAUAUUAUUCUGAAUCCUUUUCUUCUUAUGUUCUCAAAUUUUGAUAAAUGCACAUUUAUUGCCACAGUUCAUUAAGAGAAACAGUGUGUCAUGAAACACUUACAGGUGUUAUGUUUUUUUCUCAAUCCCAGGGAGUCUUCCAAAAACACACAAGGGCCGUGGCUUGCAUAAAAAUUAGGAUUUGACUAUGACUAGGGGGUUUUACCCAAAAUUCCAAACCACAUGUUUGACCUCUUGUCUUCACCUUUCAAGCUAUCAGUCACGCCACCCUUCCAAAUAUAAACCAUAAAUGAAUUUUGUUUAAAGUGUCACAGGCCCCCAACACCUGAAUGGUUAAAACGGGGAAAACCCCAUACAAGGUGCUCUGGCUUUAAGGGCUAUGUGUGUCAAUUGUUUGGUUGUUUGAACAACUGGCCUAGUUUAAGUCUAUCUGGGACUGCAUUCCAGAUGCAUGAUCUUUCUGUGGGAUACACUCCUUUUCAUUUUCAUACAUGAAUUCCUAGUACUGAUUUCAAAGUGGAUCGUGAUAAUUUGUGACAAUUAGAUUUUGAGAAAUGUUUGUGUGGUUUUCCUGUUUCAAAUAAGUUUGAAAGUAAAUAUUAAUAUAUGUUAUCAAGACUUGGAAGUAUUUUAUCUGUGGAGGCAUUUUGUAAAUAUGGCAUGGCAUCAGAAUAAACUGAAGAAGGCUCCAGGUAGUAAAAAUGAUUUUCUUUUUUUUUUUUUUUGUAUGCUCCUUUCAAUUAUGUUCCUUCAAAUAUUUUUCUACAGUAGCAUUGUGCUUCCUAAAAAUGCCUGGGGAUUUUUUUUUAGUAAUAGAACAUUUCAAUUUGGUAUACUUAUUGUGAAUGAACUUAUUAUUGCUGGGUUAGUAAUUCAAAGGAGCCAUUAUUAAAAACAAAAUUCAUUUCACAAGGCUGCAUUUGUUGAUGACUUGAACUCCCAUUCAGUUGCCAAAAUAAAAUUUUUAAUUUAGUUAUUAUUAUUAUGAACUGAUUAUACCAACUGAUGGAUUAAAUGCUUAUUAUGUAUAUUAUCAAUUAACUAAUUAUAAAGUAGAGGGCUGGGCUGCGAUAAAGCUUUUAAGUACAUUAAUGAGAAAUGAACAAUUUGUGUAAAUGUAGCUUAAAGCUUUAAUUAUUAUACCACAUAGACAUUUAAAAAUUUCUGCUAAUUUCUUCUUCAACGAAUUAAUGUAAAUUAAAUUUUACAUAAUAGAGUUAAAUCCUACCUAAUAAAUAUCUUUAUCAAGUUUAAUUCAACAAAAUCAGUUUUAAGUCCUUUAAAAUGUCUUCCAAAGUUUACAUUUAAAUGAUUGAAGAUUCACAAAAUUUUUUUUUUUUUUUUUUUUUUUUUAUUUUUUUUUUUUUAGUCAUACUUUGUUUUAUAGUACUUGUUUUUAUUUUACUGGUUUUUAAAACCCAAUGACAUCUUCUCGUUAAUGCAGAGAUCAGGCAGAGUCUGCGGCUCGACUUUGUCGCAGGAUCACCAAGCCCGAGUGCCACUCCAAGCAGCAUAAAACAGCCAUCCCCAUCAAAUUCCAUCCUUGCAGAUCUUGGUCACACAGCACAGAUGUUAGUAUUAACUUCACAUUUUUCUUAGUGUUGUUAAGCCUUCAUAUCCAAUAGAUUCAUUGAUAGUAAAGCUACCACAAAGACAGUGCAUGGUUUGAUUUACUGUUAAAUAUUUGCAGAUAAUACAGUUUUGUAAAUGGUGUCACUUUCUAGAUUUUAAAUUUUGCCCCUAGUAUGCCAAGUUGUAAUAAUCUGCUCUACUUUAUGUUGCCCCUAGUAUGCCAAGAUGUAAUAAUCUGCUCUAUUUUAUGUUGCCCCUAGUAUGCCAAGAUGCUCUACUUUAACCCUCGAACUGUGGCAUGCAUCAUUCUGUGGUGGGGAGCUUUUUGAGUGCCUUUUGAAAUUGCAUUAAAUGACAUAGAAAUAUUGAUACAAGACCCCAAUAAUUAUAUAUUUUUAGAAAGGUAAAUGGAUGGGGAUAAAGUUGGCUAUAUUGCCCACCCCGUAAAAAAAAAUUCGCUACUUACCUUGGAGUGCUCAAGAAAAAAAAAUCGACAAAAUGUCUUGCUUUCAAGUGCUCAUGACAUCAUUAAUUUUUAUAGAUACACUUAAAAAACAAAUCUAAAUGUUGUAGCAAAUUCAUUUAUCUUUCAGAAAAUGUAUAGUUUGCUAAGGUUUUGAUUACAAUUAAACCUCUGAAAGCAAUUUAAGUCAUUUAUAUAAGAAACUGGGACCACAGCUAAAACCAAGUACAAAAUACAAAAUUUCAGGCAAAAUAGUUAUUAUUGACUUGUAAACAUUUAAAAAGGAACUGUGGAACUGAUUUGGGUUGUUAUACUAUAAAAUUUAUUAGUUCUGAUCUAUAAUCUGUAGCUUCUGUGACUUAAAUUCAUUCAGUCCUUACCCAACCUCCAGGCCUGGCUUGAAGUCUAACAGUUGCCUCAGUAGGCUUACUUCAGUAUCACUAAGACUAGUAUCAGAUUCACGAAAAGAAGAAUCUGAAGUCAGAUGUCAUGGGGAAUGUUAAAAUCAUCAUCAGUAUCACUUAAAUCCUCUCCUAAAAAGCUUUAAAAAAUAUAUAUAUUAGUUCUCCCACUGAAGGCCCCGGCCACAGCAUCUACCAUUUUAGCUUUUAAAAAAAACAGCGAUAAAAAAUUCUGAUUAAAAAGUACUUAUUAUUAAGUUAACAAGAAACAGCUUGACCUGGAAGUUGAUUUAAUUAUUAAUAAAAGGAAGUGGUUGUGAUUUCGGUUAAAUAUUGGAUUGGAAGUUGCUAUUAUAGGGCAGAGUUUUUUAUCGGCCGAUUUUGUUUUCGGCAGCCACAGCACAGAAUGAGAAUGUCGGCCGACCACAGUUCGAGGGUUAAAACAAAUCUGCAUUUUUACCCCAAAUUUAAAAAAAGAGACAGUGACUAACGUACAAAUUGUCUAUAGUAGUUAUAAUUGUCUAACAAUUAGUUACUAUCCUAUUUUAUAGCAUUUGUGCCAUUAAAUUGAUUUGUUUUAACACAUCUGACUUUUGUCCUUUACAGGGGAAGUGUCUUUGUUAUAAUAAUAUAUUUUGUUUUGUUCAUACAGAUUUUUUGUUUUGGGUGAAACCUUAAAAAUAUUAUUAUAAACUUCAUUGUUCAAUGUUUUAAAACUCAUUUACGUUAUAUUUGUUCUUUAGAGAAAGGCUUCGUUCAAGAGGCAUUGAAAGGACAACUGGCAAGCUGCAAAUAUCUCCAGAAGAGGUGAAUGUCAUUCAAUGGGCAUUUUAUUUUUAAGAUAGGGUAUUCUUUAUAUAUAUAAACAUAUUUUCCUCACUCUGAGGUGAAAGAGAAUUAACCAAUUUUAAAGGAGACUGAGGAAAUUGAAAUCCCUGUACUUUAAUUUUAAAUUUAAUGAAGGCUGUGUGAAAUGGUCAUUUUAAAUUUUAUGGCUGAAAAGCGGUUAAGACAUUUUUGUCUACACUAAUAAUAAUAAAUGGUCACAAUGAAGUCUAUAUUUUGAUUGAUAUGUAUAUAUAACUGCUUUUGUUCCUGUAAUAGCCCUUAUGUGCCUAAUACAGACCCAUUUACUCUUCAGAUUUUGGCAUACAAUGUACGAUUUUGAGGUUAUACAUUAUAUAUACUUUGUUUAUUUUUUCACUAUUAAGAUAAUGUAUUGAAAGAUUUUGUCAUGAUAUUGUACAAUUUUAAGAGUUUGAGGGUAAACAGGUCUGCUAACAUUAAAAUAUCCAGUGUAAUGUAUUUAAAUUAUUUUGUUUUCAGUCUUUCGAGUUCACAUCAGAAGAUCUUAAAGACCUAGGUGAAAUGGGGCGUGGUAACUAUGGCUUUGUCAAUAAGAUGAUCCAUGACAAGAGUGGCACAAUUAUGGCAGUUAAAGUAAGUUGCUGGAGUACCCUCUUCCCUGAAACAAUGGACAUUUUUUUUUUUAAAAACGUGUUUCUAUGGGGGUUUUAGGGUUUCUGGUGGGGUCAGUGUAAAUUUCACAAUGAAGUGAUGAGUGAUGCUUCUCAUUCAGUUUCUCAAUUAAAAUUUGCUCUUGACGGAUACUCUUUCCACUACUGUGUUUUCUGCAUAAAUACAAUUUUAAUUCAUUUGAAAAAUAUUAUUCUCAAGGCACAAUUAUAAUUAUAUUUUUAAGUAUCUCCUAUGGAGUGUUCAUAUAAAAAUCAGACAACAUCCUUGUCAGAAAUCCUGUAUCCGAACAAUGCUAAUUUUUUAAUGCUUGUGCUAGUUAAAUUUGUGUUAAAAUAUUUCUUUGCUUUUUACUUCCGACUUGAGCUUGAUUGUUCAGUUAGUAAUAUUAUUGGAUUAUUUGAAAAUAUUCUUCACUGUACAUGACGAUUAACAAAAUGUUUGACAAUUACAACCAUCAUAUUUACAGAUAAAAGCUAUGUUGUUUUUUUCGUUAUUGCAGAGAAUCAGGUCAACUGUAGAAGAAAGAGACCAGAAACAACUUCUCAUGGAUUUAGACGUGGUCAUGAGAAGUAAUGACUGCCCAUAUAUUGUUCAGUUUUUUGGUGCACUCUUCAAAGAGGUCAGCAUCAAUACCCUUUUUCUCCGUUUUAUUUAUCAAAAAAGAAGAAAAAAAUUGAUUCAAAGACAUGGUUGUUGAAACAGACAGUGUUCACAUGAAUAAUUCAAUAAAUCAUGUAUAAUUAUAUGUUGAAGAUUUUAAUUUUAACACUCAAAAAUGUUUAAUAAGCGAACGGCUUGAUGAACUGGUGAGGAUUAAAUGAACUGUAAAGGUAAUGUUCACAUUGCGGAUUAGUCAUUGAGAUUCUUAGCUGGGUUCUUUUUGCCAUUUGAAUUGCCAGAUUUCUGUGACCACGUGCUACUUGCUGGACAAAAAAAUUGGGGCCAACUGGUGUCUUUUUUAUGGUUUUGUCAAGUUGCAGGAAAUGUCAGCAAUAUACAAGCUCAAUACCAUCAUAUUCUUAUCAUGCAAUGUCAUCAACUGACAGGGCUUUCUUACAAAUUACUAGUGGAAUGAGAUACCAGCCUUAACUGGUGGGCAUAUUUUAUAGGUGGAAGAUAACAAAUUUGUGAAACACACAAACAAAUAAAUUUCAAGCUUGAUUUUAUUGGAGAGAUCAAAACAACAUAUUUGAAAAUAGGGCAGUUAAAAAAAAAUUUAAUGUAUAAAUUAAAGUUUUGCUUUAGUAGCCAUAGUUGUGCCUCCUUAACGGGAACGCCUAAGUGAGAUAUCUGUGUCAGUCAUGAACACUGGAGAUUGUAAACAUCUCAACUAAAAGCUGUGGGUUCUUAACAUGGACUUAUCACUGACUUUUUGUGGCUGCAAAAAAUCUGUAGUUUGCACUCACCUUUAAACUAUAAAAUGAUUUAGUACUUGCUAUGCAAAAAUUAUAAAUGUGUGCAACUUGGCGUAAUUUAUUUCAUCAGGGAGAUUGUUGGAUAUGUAUGGAGCUGAUGGACAUAUCCCUUGAUAAAUUCUAUAAAUUUGUAUAUGGUGAUCUACACGCAUCCAUUCCUGAGGACAUUUUAGGCAAGAUCACAGUAGCAGUGAGUAUUCCUUUAGUUCAGUAUUUAUGUUAGUUCAAUGUGGUGUAUCAAUUGUACUUAAUUUUGAGGGUUUAUUUAAGUUGGUAUUUUCUUGUCUUACCAUAAUCAUAAAAUUAUUUAAUAAUAAUCAAAUCAACCAACACUUAAAUGGGAUUAUGGUUUAUUUUUGCUGUACAAAUCUGAUAAUUUGUAUACCCCUUCAACGUGACUUAAUCUUUUUAUAUUUUCAGACAGUCAAGGCUUUAAAUUAUCUAAAGGAAAAAUUAAAAAUUAUACACAGAGGUAAGUUUUUUUCUCAAAAGUAUAAUGCAUCUGUUUUUCAAAAGCAUUGAAAUUUGACUUUUUGUCAGAUAUCCUUUCACAUAAUUAAAGGUUAAUACAUUUUUCGAAUGUGCUUAUAAAUAUUGCCUCAUUUUUUACAUUGUUAAAGAAAAAUUAAGAUAAAUAAUAAUCAGGCAUUCAAUUUUUCAGAAAGUUUGUGUAAGUACUAUCAUCUUUUUAUUAUGGUAAGCACCAAAAUUUUUUAACUUUAUGUUUUUCUAUAGUGAAAACAAUUUGAAGUUUCAUUGUUUUGACCUUUAAAUUAAAAAAAUUCUAUUUCAGAUGUAAAGCCCUCAAAUAUUCUGCUGGACAGAAAAGGUAAUAUCAAACUCUGUGACUUUGGCAUCAGCGGCCAUCUUGUUGACUCUAUUGCCAAGAGUCGAGAUGCUGGAUGUCGACCAUACAUGGCUGUAAGUUGUUUUUUGCAUUUAUAAAAUAUACCUAUUUAAAUUAAAUUUUAAGAUGUGAGGGAUUUUAUAAUUAAACUUUUGGUGCUAUUUUUAAAUUGGGGGUUCUGUUUUUUUUUUUCAUUUAUCAGCCUGAAAGAAUUGAUCCAAAAGCAUCAAGCCGGGGCUAUGAUGUAAGAUCAGAUGUAUGGAGCCUUGGUAUAACUUUGGUCAGUAUUAGAUUUAACACUUUAAAAUCAUGAAUAGUUUUGUUCAAGUUAAAUAAUAAAGAAAAUUGGUGCACAUGGUUAAGGAAAACAGUAAUAAAAACUUAUUCCUGUCCAAUGUACUCACAUUUGUAUGGCCUGUUUGUUUUUUUUGUUGUUUUUUUUGGCUGUCAGUCAAAACGUCUAUUGCUUUGUUCCUUCUGUCUUUAGGUUUUCCCCUUACCAUGUGGCCUAUAUUUCUUAUUGAAUAAUUUCUAGCUUGAUCAAUCAAUUAAAAUAAAACACUGUAAGAACAUUUUCAAAUGCUCAUUAAUGUGUCAGGAUUAACAACAUUGAUUAUCUAUCAUUCAGCUAAACGAAAUGAAAUUGAAAUGUAUCAAUAAUUACACAUUUUAGAAUUCAACUGAGUUCUAUUUAGGGAAUAAUUAACUAAAUCAGGUAUAAAUCAUUUGAUAAAUCCAAACUUUAAGUUUUAUUGUUAAAUUUAAAACUCACAUACCGUAAUUUAUAACCAUGGAAAAGCUUUCUUAAAAUAUAUUGCUUUUUACUAGCAAUGUGUUUAAAAAUCUCAGAUGGAGUUGGCCACUGGCAAGUUUCCAUACCCCAAAUGGCAGAGCGUGUUUGACCAGCUUCAGCAAGUAGUCCAAGGGCAAGCACCCAGACUACCAAGUGAUUCCACCUUCUCUGUAGAGUGUAUCAAUUUUAUUAACACAUGGUGAGUACAACUUUUCAAACCUAUUCAACACUUGGGAGAGAAAAGCUCUCAGGAAAAUAUACUAACCAACAAAGGAUGAAUAUGGAUGGAGCAUAGGCACCAUCCAGGAAUUGUAUUAUUGUAUUGUCUUUAUCAAGAUUCUAUGCUAGUAGUAGCAAAAAUAAAAAAACGGAUUGGCUACUCUGGGCUGGGCAUGUAGAAAGAAGGUCUAAAACUUUGCCAGAUGGAUGAUUGAUGAUGUGGAGAGGGAUCUACAGCAACUGGCAAUCAAAGUUUUAUCUAUAAAAGAAGCUAUUACUAAUAAAAUUUGAGAACCUUUCAUAGGGACAUUUGUUGCAUUAGGACUUUAUAAAUUUAUUUAUGUAAAUAUGAAGCAAUAAUGUAAGAGGGAAUAUGAUAUUUUUUAACCUUUAAAUAGAGAAAAGGAACUAUUUAAAGUUAAAUAAUUAAUGUUAUCCUUAAUCAUGGGCGCCCGCAGAAAACUUUCCAGGGGGGGGGGGGGGCAAAAANGAACGGACAGGACAUCAGCUUAGUUACUUUCUCUUUAUUUUCUCUUUACUUUAAUAAAAUUUUUGUCUAAAAAAAUUUUAUCCAAUCAAUCCAGGGGGGGGGGGGCAAGUGCCCCACCUUGCCACUACCUGCGGGCGCCCAUGUCCUUAAUAUAAGUACUGUCGCUAUUAUUAAAAUUGAACUCAUCAAAAUUAAAAGAUUCAAGUUUGCAAAAAUUCAGUUUAUUUGAAUAAUAAUACAAAAUUAUUUUUUUUGGUCUUAAAAGCAUGAGCUUUUGUUGUGUUUUUAUGGAGCUUAAUUUAAAAUGUUUUAACAUAUUUAAUGAUGUAUUCAAAAACUUCUUUUCUUUCUUUUUUUUAAAAACAGUUUGACAAAAGAAGACAAACAACGACCAAAAUAUAAUAAAUUGUUGGUGAGCAUAACUUGAAAUUAUUUUCUAGCAUUGAAGCAUCCAGAAGCUUUUGAAUUAUCUUACUGGAAUUAAUAUUUUUUUCUCAGAACUUUAAAGAUUUAGUAUCUUUUAAUUUACAGCACACUUUCUGUUCAUGUAAAUAACACAUUUUUUAAAAAUUUUUGUGUAGGCGGCCGUGUGAUAUAUUUUCAUCCCAACUCAUUUGUUCUCACUUAACUGCAGAUAUUUUAGGAUAAGCAGCUCAUCAUCAUGAUUGCUAUAAACACAUUUAAGUUUCCUCCCACGAUCUUUUCUUAAUGUCUCUUUUUUCAGGAGGAUCCAUUUAUCAAGAGAUACGAGGAAGUUGAGGUGGAUGUUGCCACAUACGUUUGUCAUAUCCACGAUAUGAUACUUCAGUCCUCUCCCAGCCCUUCAUCUUGUGAGCAGCCAUUAUCAUAACAACUGCCACUUUUAGAUCAUCCUCAAUAUGUUACAUUAUGUACCUUACCACCAACUCUACACCAUCUUCAGAAUGAUUUUUUCCUUUUUGCCAACAUCAUCACCAUAUAACGUGUAUCAUAUUAGAAACAAAUUUACACCAUGCAAUAGUUCAUGACUCUUUCUGAUUGAUGGGCCAGAUUGUCCUAUCUUAUAAAUAAAAUAGUAAAUGCAGCAUUUAGUAUAAAUCCUUUUUUUAUUUUUCAAUUAUUUUAACAUUACAGACUUAAGAACUUAAUCUGUUGAGAUUGGGUUUUAUUUUCCUAUAGUAAUAAGUAGUAAUAUAAAAUACUUUUAAAGCCUAGAGAUACAUUUGGUCUUGGAAACCCUUACACUGCUAUUUCACUGGGCAUUUGAUUUACAUUCAAAAUCCUUUCAGUUUUUUCCUCUCUAGUUUCUCUUUCAUUAUGGAUCCAUUUCUAUUUCAUUAAACUUCGGAGAGGGGUGUAUGGUGACCUCUCUGGUGUUCACUCUUGUGAGAGCUGGUAACCUCUUAGUUUGUCAGUACCAAAGCUGGUAGCUGGUAAACUCAUUUGAGUCUCUUACGAAGCAGCAGCUGUGUUGGUCUCGACUUUGAUAUGAUUUCAUUUACAAUGGCCGCAUGUGUGGGAAAGCAGUAUGUGAAAUACAUUUUUGGUGGAUCAAUUUGGAAAUGUAGGUAAUUCGAUAAUAUUUUUACUUGUAGACAUUCUUCCAUAUUUCACCAAUAUCUAUUAUGACAGCGAUUUAUGGUAGUUGGGGAAAAGAUUCAUUCAUCCGUGUGUUAUGGCUGCUCUUCAUUUGAGUAGACCUAUUUAUAACUGGUCUUCAAAGGCAUUAUUUUUAAAAAAAAUAUGCACCAUUUUUUUCAGUUCAGUUUCAAUAUGAUUGCAGACUAAUUUAAUUUUGUGGUACGGUUGCUAGACAAGCAUGGCACUGGUGGUUUUACUGGGCCUGGGUGGUUGCUGUUGUGUUUAGGUCAAGGACAUUGGUCUUUGUGCGAAAGUCAUUGUGCUGUUGAGUGUGAUCAAUGGCACAUGGACAUUGGUCUUUGUGCGAAAGUCAUUGUGCUGUUGAGUGUGAUCAAUGGCACAUGGACAUUGGUCAUUGUGCUGUUGAGUGUGAUCAAUGGCACAUGGACAUUGGUCAUUGUGCUGUUGAGUGUGAUCAAUGGCACAUGUGUUUGCGUGCGUGCUCGCGUAAGGGUGCUGUGACGCUUAGAUCAAUUGCGUGUUUAUUUGUCAUAGUAUGUUCCGGUGUUUAUUUGUCAUAGUAUGUUCCGGUGUUUAUUUGUCAUAGUAUGUUCCGGUGUUUAUUUGUCAUAGUAUGUUCCGGUGUUUAUUUUUGUCAUAGUAUGUUCCGGUGUUUAUUUGUCAUUGUAUGUUCCGGUGUUUAUUUGUCAUAGUAUGUUCCGGUGUUUAUUUGUCAUAGUAUGUUCCGGUGUUUAUUUGUCAUAGUAUGUUCCGGUGUUUAUUUGUCAUAGUAUGUUCAGGUGUUUGUUUGUCAUAAUAUGUUCAGAUGUUUGUUUGUCAUAGUAUGUUCAGGAUAAGAGGACAUAGUGCUGAGCUUGUGACACUAACAGAUUUUGUGCUAUUAAAUUUUGUUUUCGAUAUCUGUGCUUUAAAAAAUGGAAUGAAAUUAUUUAAGUUACCUGAGUUAUUUUUGAAUGAGUAGAUCUCUAUGAUGCGAGAUGUCACUUUGGUAUGAAUAUAUGAAAAUAAACCUAAGUUGUGAAUGUUUGCAUCAGUCGUGUGACCUGAGCCUUGUUUUGUACAGAGUUGUUUUGAGUAUUUCUACCUCUCUGUCUCACUCAGCUCUCAAGGAAAGUACAGGAUAGUUAGUCCCAGCUCCUGCUUCUCUAACCAGCAUUUUUUUGUUGAGGCCAGCAAUAUUUCCAGUGUCUGUUGUAAAGUGUGGCAAAUUAUUCCAGUGUCUGCUGUAAAGUGUGAUACUUUUUUUUUUUAUAGCUUGUUGUACAAAUUAAACAGUAUAGUAGACACGAUGGUUGGACAUUUUUAUGCAAAGGCUCAUGUACUGUUGUACUCAUAUAAUCUCUGGAUUUGUUCGUAUGCAUCAUUCCAUCCUGUACAUUGCUUUCAUUACAGUAAAGUCCAUUUCUCAUGCUUUUUAUGUUUGAGAUACUUUGAAUGACUAUCUCAUAAUGAAAACUAAAUUUUCUUUUGUUUACUCUGUAUUAUAUAGCUUAUGAUGUACAAACAAUUUUAAGGAAGAAAAUAAUAAAAGAAAGUGAC